AGACAGCAGUAGAAUUAUUUUGUAGAAAACUCAAUUUUAUCAAAUAGUCAUUAAAUAGGUCAUUUUUGUUUGUUUAAAGGAAUCAAAAGUUGAUAUUUUAGUAAAUGAGAUGCUGUUCAAUUGAAAUUAUGUGAAGUAAGCGUGCACAAAUAUUGGAAAUAGCUAAAAACGAUGACAGAUGAAAAAUAAGUUUUUGUAGUCGCGCAAAAAAAAGAUGGAUGAAAAACAAAAUUUACCAGAUCUGUAUGAAUUUCUGGUCGAAGCCGAACUUCAGCAAUAUUAUACAAGCUUAAAAAAUGAGCUAAAAAUAACUGCCAUUCAUCAAAUUAAGUAUGCAACCGAUCAAGACUUUCGCACUAUCGGAUUUAGUCGGCCAGAGAUUCGUAGACUACACAAAUUUUAUGACAAAUAUUGCUCUCAAGGUUAUUUGAGUAAAAUAAAACGUCUGCUGCAAACGCCAGUAGUGAAUAAACGUGAUGAGCUCAUUAAUCAUAAUGCAACAUUAGAUGUUAUGAAAGUACCCAGUUCCCCGAAUAAAUUACCAACAAAUAAACACAUAAUUCCUCUCGACUCGAUAAGUGUCAAUAAGCAACUCGGAAAUGGUGAAUUCGGUAUCGUACAGCAGGGUGUAUGGACGAAUGGAAAUGAGAGAAUUCAAGUCGCCAUUAAAUGCCUUUGUCGUGAACGAAUGCAAAGUAAUCCUAUGGAAUUUCUAAAGGAAGCUGCAAUUAUGCAUUCGAUCGAUCACGAAAAUAUUGUACGAUUGUAUGGAGUUGUGCUGUCGACUGAUUCAUUAAUGCUCGUGACAGAACUAGCUCCGCUACGCUCACUGCUCGAAUGUCUCAAAGAUAAUGAUCUGAGAGUUAAGUUUUUAACUGUUCCAGUGCUUUGUGAUUUUGCGUUACAAAUAUGCAAUGGAAUGAUGUAUCUAGAAAAUAAUAGAUUUGUGCAUCGUGAUUUAGCGUGCCGUAAUAUCUUGGUAUUCAAUAAGAAUAAAGUGAAAAUAAGUGAUUUCGGAUUGAGUCGAGCAUUGGGUGUUGGAAAAGAUUAUUAUAAGACAAACUUUAAUGUGAACUUAAAGCUACCAAUUGCUUGGUGUAGUGCAGAGUGUGUAAACUAUUUGAAAUUUACUAGUGCAUCAGAUGUCUGGGCAUAUGGAGUGUGUCUUUGGGAAAUGUUCUCAUAUGGCUUUCAGCCUUGGCCUGCUUUUACAGGUCAACAAAUACUUGAAGCAAUCGAUAAACCUAAUUUUCAACGACUUGAAAAACCCGAAGUAUGUCCAAAAGAGUAUUAUGCAUUAAUGCUCAAGUGCUGGAGUCACGAACCACACGAUAGACCGAAAUUUGUAGAAAUUUAUCGACUUCUGCCUGAUAUGAAGCCAGAACAAUUAAAAACAGUCACACAGUGUAUAGAUCUUAAGAAGGAACAUUUGGCAUAUCGACAAGGAGACAUAAUUACAGUUUUAGAUAAAGCAACAAAUUCACCAUAUUGGCUAGGCGUGCUUCAUAACGGCCGAUGUGGUCUAUUUAAUCCUGCCAAUACGGUAGCACAUAUUGAAAGUCUUCCAUCAUCAUCAUCAAAUGGCAUUCAAAAUCAAAACAGUACUGGAAGUUUCAUACGAAACACAUUAGAAAGAAAUAGUAAGAGAAAAUUAAAAACAGACAUGAUAUCCAGCCCACAAAAUGAUUUCAAGCAUACAGGGCACGUCGGCAUUGAUGGAGCUUAUUUUGGCAAUGUUGCAUUUUUGUCAAACACACAAACGUACAAUAAAUUACCAAGGCAAGUUGUUACACCUUAUAAACCUUCCGAGGAUUUAGAGCAGCUUCUCCCACCUACUCCCACAUCAAUUCAAACAAAUGGCAGCACAUACUUUUCUGAAUCCACCAAUUUAUUACCCGCACACCAAGUGUCUGAUAAUCAUAGACAUUUACAUCAGAGCAAUGGCAACUUAAAUAAUGAUAGCUUAUCCUCCGACUUUCAACGUAUUACUUCCUCAACGCGACCUGUGUCAGCAGCAUUUAACGACUCUAAUCCAUUUGCACAAUCCGACCAUCAAAUGUGGACCACAGAAAUGGGAAAGAAUUUUUCAAGCCUUCCAACCGAGCAAAAGUUAUGGGAUACACAAGACUCUCACGAACCACACGAUUAUCAUGAGAUAUCAGAUGAUGAAAUGCAAAAUAAAGUAUUUGAUUUUGGUCCAUCGUUGCUAGACGAAAUGGAUUUUAUGUUUAGAUCAAUGUCAACAUCCGGAGGUGAUUCUUCACACGGUCCACCACUGACUCCUAAUUUUGACAAUGUCAACAAGAGAAAUGAACUUACUGAAUUAAAUUCUAAAUUAAGUCGAAAGAAUUCAAGUUCAGGUGUAACGGCAGCCGCAACGUAUAAAAGCAAGAAGAAGGCAUCAACGGUAAAGCUGAUUUCAGUUAAGGAUGAAAAGAUGCUUAAUCAAGCGAUCGAAUUCGCUAAUGAAAUGAGUGCUAGGUCCAUGACAGAUCUUGAUCAAAAUCAAUCAACGCAAAGUCCGAAACGGAAAUUUAGUUUCAGAUUUCCACACAUGUCUCAUUCAGCAAACAAUGAACGCGAUGGAUCGUCAUUGACAAAUCAUUUGAAUGGAAAUGCAUUUACGCAACAGCAAAAUAUGAACUACAAGGAUCGGAAAAAUUUCAGCGAGGUAGCAAAGAAUGCUCCUGAUUUGCAACGUUUCCGAUCAUUAAAUGAGAUUGAAAGUACAAGAGAGCCACGUGAUUUUAGAAUACCAAUUUUUGAUAAGAAAAGUUCUGAUUUUUGUUUUGAAAAAUCUCGUGAAAUUUUAAGCAAACCUUUAAACUUUUCUAUUGACUCGGUUACGUUAGAUCAAAAACUAUCUGAUAAAAAGACUCGAGAUAUUAUCGGUGAAAAUUUAUUAGACAUUGAGAAGACACUGAAUGCAUUAAAUUUAGAUUUUAUGCAGGCAUUCAAUGAGCUAGAAAAAACUGAUUCAGCAGAGACAUUAUUCGGUGAAAAUUUUCUUUUGGAGAAUAAUCUUAAGACUUUGUCAAACAAUUUCAAUAAGAAGACAUUUACAAACGACAUUGACAAUAUAUCUUCAAAGAUUAAUAAUAAUACUAAUAAUAAUAAUUCUAGUAAUAACAUUAAUAGCAAUAAUCAUAAAAAGUCUGCAAGUAGAGAUUAUUAUUCGCCAUUAGAGAAACAUUCUGAUAAAUCAUUCAGUCCAAAAGACUCACAAUCACAAAAGACGACGCCUAGUAGCUAUAGUCCACAAGAAAAUACUGCUACGUCACGAGGUGCUGGAUUUUUCAACUAUCCCAAAGCUCGCAAUAUAUUUUUGUCACCAACAAAACGAAUGUUUAAUAAUCAAACAAACUUUACUGCAAAUAAGUUUGAAGAUACGAUACAGUCACAGCCACGACAACGUUCGAUGUCAUUUACCGAUAAUUUUGAAAUAAAAUCUCCAGGUGUGAUAACCAAACCCAGUAAUCUAACAAAAAUGAACUUGAAAUCUAUGGAAGUACGUAAGACUAGUUCAUUGGACGAAGAAUAUGGUAAUCGGAGUUUAUUUUUACCGAGUAAGAGUCAAUUGAUGGCAGAAAAACCUAGAAAUGUAAUAACAUAUAAGCCAAAGAGCGUUAGAGCAAGAAACCUUCGACGAUUAAGUUAUAAUCCGAUUAAUAUGAUUGACUCGUCAUCAUCGACAAGUGAAAGUGAUUUGGAUAAAAGCAUGGCGCAUUCAGAAUGUGAUAUACGUUCUAAGAUGUAUUCGUCACGUUUCCAAAAACGACGGCAACGAUACUUGAAUAAGAAAUCUCAUAAGACCGCACAAGGAGGAUACUAUCGUAGUGAGAAUUCUCAAUAUAGUAACAGUAGCAACCAAAACGUAAAUGGACGUGAAAAACUUUAUGGCUCGAAUGCAUCAAUCAAGAGUGCUCCACAUUACAACUACAUAACAGAUCGUAAAAAAUUCUUGAAUGAAGAUUUAAGUGGGGGGAGAGGAUGCGGUGGAGAUGAUAAGAUAACAUUGAGUAGCAGUGAUAUUGAUUCUGAUGAGGAUUUUAAUAAUUCAGUCAAUGACAAUCGAAAGAAUUUAAUAAACAAAGAUACAAGAACUCUCACACCCACACCUCAGCCUGUUCAAUUCACAUCAAACUUCAAUAAUAUUUAUGAGUUUGUUGGCAAAUGCUUCAAUAGGAAUUUUGGCUCAUCAACUAGUAACAGCUCUAAUGGACAGCAACAACAAAAAUCAAUAACACAGAGUGCUAUUCAACAAGCACAACAGUUUCUUCAGAAUGACUACCGUAAUUAUACGAAGAGAGGCAAUAAAAUCUCAAAUUCUAAUUUGGAUCUCCUGUACACAGAUUUUGAUGUUACUAAAUUGACUGGAAAAUCUCCAACAACGCAAAGCUACUUCGAUAUCAUCGAUUAUCCCGGAAUGAGUGGCAAAAAAUCCGUUUCAACGAUCCUUCGUGAAUCUAAUGUAACAGGUGCAAACAUUAAUAUUAAAAGCUCAGCAUUUCAAUGGCCUGAUAAAAUUCACGGAUCAACGGUUAAGCAAAACGACUUGAUAUGGCAAUUACAGCAACAGCACGAGCAGGAUAUAAAAGAAAAGGAAGAACGACAUAAGCAGCAGAGAAAUCUACUUAUGGAAAAUCUAAAAAUGAAGAAAUCUGCUUACUCAACCACCUCAUCAAGUACGGAAUCCCUUAAUUAUCGUCAAAAUUAUAUGCCUCCAAGUCCAGCACCUUAAUCUCUUAAUGCCAAUCAAAAUUGUUUUUAGAAAACAUAAGAUUAUACUUCCGUCCCAUAACUCUAAUCAUAAACCAUUUGUUUUUUGUUUUCAUCAUUUUUUUGAUACCCGACACGAAAAAAUGUUUCUCCCAAUGUUGUUAUUGAUUAUUGUUGGUGUUCACGAACUGAUGAACUGAAUACAUUUAACACCGCAAAAAAAAAGAGUUAAUCUCUUCGUAUGCAUGAAGAGUAACUAAUCAUGACUACAUUCUUUUAUGAAUGGCAAUAUUGUUAUUAAUCCUGUAAUAAUGGACCUUUCAUGAUCCACAACGCCGGUUAAAUUACCUUUGAAGAGAAAAAAAAAUGAUAAUUGAUAAACUUGUUAAUGUCUAAACAAUGACACUCUAAUGAAACAUAUCUCUCAUAAUACAAAACUUGCAUAGCAUUUAAUAAAAUAUGUACAUUGAGAAGCUCCUUUCGUUUUCUCAAUUCUUUUUUGUAAAUAUGUUGUAACUCUAUGAGACAAUGACAUAUUUUCUGACUCUUAACAUGAAAGAAAAUAAUCAAAUUACUUUCCCUUUAGCAUUUUACUUGAAUUUAAAUGAAAAGGUUUUAAAUGUUAAAAAAAAUAUUGAAUGAGAAAAAUGUUGCAAGGUUUUUUGAAGUAGAAAUAAAAGUUAUUUUAGAUAUCUAUCGAUUAAAAAAAACUAUUCUAAAAAAAUCUCAAGUCUCUGUUGGAUCUAUCUCAACUAGUUCUAUGUAAAUAAGAUGAAACGUAAACAAACAGAAAACAAUAAGAGUCUUAAAUUGAAAAUUAGGAAGUCAAAAAAGCAAACAAAAUUAAGCAAAUCAAAAGGAAACUGAGAAAGAUGAUAAAGAAUAUUCUAAGUAUUAAUAAUUGUAAAAUUAACAGUAGUGUGAGUAUCUUAAUAUCUUGUUAUUAUUGCGCAAUAUUAUUGUAUAUUUGAAUACCUACCUACUAUCAUUACAGAAUACUCAAAUUAUACUCAAAUACAGAGAAUAAUACGCGCACACGAAUUAUUCAAUUAUCAUAAUAUAAAUUUAUUAUAAUUAACCAUAAAACACUCUUCUGCUACUUAGUAUAAAUAUUCUUCUUAUUACGUUAUUUAUCUUGUUUACAUCUUAUGCUGUGGAGUGUUAAUUGUUAUUUAUUUAAUUUAUUCUUGUUCCUUUCAUGUACAACACACAAGUAAAUGAAUUUCUAGUCUAGACCGUGUGAAAAUAAAUUAUUUUGUUCCUGCAUGCAUUGUUGUUGUCUAGAAGUCUACUUAGACCGAACUAAAUCUAUUCUAUAACACUGAUACAUUUGGUGCAGAUAACACAAUCAUAAUUUAAGCAUCCAGGCUACUUAUUGAAUCUUGUCUAGGUCAAUCAACAGCAUUUUACUUUACCCAGACCUUGAUAAGAUACAUAUAGUAUGGGUAAUAAGUUUCUAACCUUGACAUCUGAUUUAACAACACUGCAUGCAAGACAUUUAUACGAUCAUAAAUGACAAUUAGUAACUUAAUCGUUCCUUUCCAUCAUUUUAAUUACUCUUGGGGUCAUUAGUAGGUCAUGAUUUAAGUUCCCAUAGUAAUAUACAUGCAUAUAUGAUCACUUUCUUUCACUAAUUUGUUACGAAUAGAGUAGUGAAAAGUUGGAUAUAAAAAGAAAAGAAGAAAGAAACACGUGUUUGUUAAAGCUUAAAACGACUUUAUGAGUUUUAAAUAGCCAUAGAAAAAACUUUUCAUUUAAGAAUGAAGGUGCAAUUAAAAGCUUUCUUUGUUUUAUAGAUUAGUAAUAAAUGAUUUAAUCGUAUUAUCUACAGGUAGUAGUGAGAACUUAGUCUCUCUCUUAAAUUUCUUUUUCGCGCAAAUAUAAUUCAGAUUUUUGUCUACUAAUCGUUUAAUUGUUAAAAAAAACUUAAAACUUAAAAAGAUGUUCCAUUUAUGGAGCGAAAAUAUUUUGAAUAAAAAUUGAAUUGAUGUGACGAAUCAAUCAUGUCAUCGUGAUGUGAUCUUUAUGAAAAAUAAUAAAAAUGAAAUACUGAUAAUCAUUUGAUGAAUUUCUCAAAUAAUUCAAAAAAAAAAGAAUUUGAGAUGUUUAGUGAUGGAUAUUAUGCAAUAUCAAAUUACACGUAGAUAUUUUAAAUCUUUCUCAUUUUUAUCGUAAAAAUUCUAUUUUAAAUUUAAAAAUCUAUUCGAAU